GGCGUGACCGUUUGUGCUUGGACCAGACACCAUGGGUUACGAUGAGAUCAAGACGGCGCACGAGCACGCCGCUGCUGUCGUCCGCGACUAUGUGGCUCAGCCCCGCACCACUUACCGCACUGUGUCGGCCGUGACGGGUCCCCUCGUCAUUCUUGACAAUGUCAAGUUCCCCAAGUUCUCGGAGAUUGUGAACCUCCGUCUUGCCGAUGGCACCGUCCGCUCGGGCCAGGUCCUUGAAGUUCAGGGCAAGCGUGCCGUCGUCCAGGUCUUUGAGGGCACUUCGGGCAUUGAUGCCCGCAACACCGUCUGCGAGUUCAGCGGUGACAUUUUGCGCACACCCGUGGCUGAGGACAUGUUGGGUCGCAUCUUUGACGGCUCUGGCAAGGCCAUUGACAAGGGUCCUCGCGUGAUGGCUGAUGACUACCUUGACAUUGAGGGUCAGCCCAUCAACCCCUACCGCCGUAUCUACCCCGAGGAGAUGAUUCAGACUGGUAUCUCCGCCAUUGAUACAAUGAACAGUAUUGCCCGUGGCCAGAAGAUUCCCAUUUUCUCGGCUGCCGGUCUGCCCCACAACGACAUUGCUGCCCAGAUUUGCCGUCAGGCCGGUCUCGUUAAGCACAAGGGCAAGGCGGUUCGCGACAACCACGAGGACAACUUUGCCAUUGUCUUCGCGGCCAUGGGUGUCAACAUGGAAACGGCCCGCUUCUUCAAGCAGGAUUUCGAAGAGAACGGCUCGAUGGAGCGUGUGACCCUCUUCCUCAACUUGGCCAACGAUCCCACCAUUGAGCGUAUCAUUACCCCUCGUCUGGCUCUUACCACUGCCGAGUACUACGCCUACCAGUGCGAGAAGCACGUUCUCGUUAUCCUCACGGACAUGAGCUCUUACGCCGAGGCCCUGCGUGAGGUCUCUGCCGCCCGUGAGGAAGUGCCCGGUCGCCGUGGUUUCCCAGGUUACAUGUACACCAACUUGGCCACCAUCUACGAGCGCGCUGGUCGUGUCGAGGGCCGUAACGGCUCCAUCACCCAGAUCCCCAUUCUUACCAUGCCCAACGAUGACAUUACCCAUCCUAUUCCUGAUCUUACGGGCUACAUUACGGAGGGUCAGAUCUACGUCGAUCGUCAGCUGCACAACAGGCAGAUUAGCCCCCCGAUCAACGUCCUGCCCUCGCUCAGCCGUCUAAUGAAGUCAGCCAUUGGCGAGGGUAUGACCCGCCGCGAUCACGGUGACGUUUCCAACCAGCUGUAUGCUUGCUAUGCCAUUGGCAAGGAUGUCCAGGCCAUGAAGGCCGUCGUCGGUGAGGAGGCUCUGUCCUCGGAAGACAAGCUGUACCUCGAGUUUUUGGACAAGUUUGAGGGCCGCUUCAUCAACCAGGGCCUGUACGAGAACCGCUCCGUCUUCGACUCGCUUGACCUUGGCUGGGAGCUCCUGCGUACCUUCCCCAAGGAGAUGCUCAAGCGUAUCGGCCCCAAGACCCUUGAUGCCUUUUAUGCUCGCGAGGAUCAUGCCCGCACAAAGGCCGAGCUCGAUGCUGCCGCCAUCAACGAGCAGGAGGAGGAGAAGCCCGAGGCGUGAGCUUAUUUCCUUUCGUCCGGGUGUGCGACUCACCGCUGUUUGUGUCAUGGUGAGGUGGUUUAAACGGGCCUCCUUUCCUGGACACCUGGAGUCGCAUGUUUUGUACCUUUUGGUCGGCCCGUCGUUUGUGUUGUGGUCGAUGACCUGUGGGUUGGUAGGUUGAUGUGGGCAUGAGGGCUUGUGAGCGCUUUGGCUUCUUUUUUUUUUCCUUGUUUGCAAGCUUUCUUGCCCUUGUUUCUGCCACCAGCUGCAACCUGGUAGCUAGUCCUGUCGGUGGCUUGAUUGUGGCUGGAGUGAAUGGCGUGGUGCGCCGGCUUCAAGCACUCUACGAGCCCGCUCGUUGUCCGUUUUUCUUCUUCUCUUGCCGUGUCCGAUGUUCUCUACUUUUUUUUUUUUUUUUCCUUCUUCCUCUUGAAGGAGGGAGUCAGCUGACACCUUUUGAGCAGUGGGUGUCCCGCUCCUGUUUUCAAUGGGAACGGCGCGCUGAAGCGCAAAUCUGACUCCUACUCUAUGACGCAAAAUUGCAUUUUG